AACCACUGAUAUAAAGGCUUCUGUGAUAGCAAGUGAUCAGGUGUGCAGGCAGGUCUGCUGAAAGGUGUGGUUAAGUGGAGCGUGUAAAUCUGUAUCUGACUGACAAGAGAGAAAAAGAAAGUCAUAGACGCAGCGAGCACAAGAAACAUGGAAACUAUGGACAUCGGAUUUUUCACAGAUGAGCAGUUGUUCAUUUUUUUCUGCCAAAACAAGACAAAGAUGUCUACAAUAGAAGAGCCGUUGAUGUUUCUAAGACAUCUCAAGGACAACAGACUCAUUAAAGAUGAGCUUUACAACACUACUAAAGAUGAUGGUGUGUAUUGUGCAUUGGAACACAUUGAAAAAAAUGGAAAGAAAAAUGUUAGAAGAUUCUGGCGAUGUGUGUCCCAGGAGCACAUCUUACAACGUUACUCUCUACUCGAUGAAGUCACUAAAGCUCUGAUGAACUCUCUUGAGAGCCAGCCAAACAAAAAAAGAAGAGAAAGAGCUGAGGAUCAAGGCACAGGAAAAGAAGAAGAGGUUAAAAAGCGAAGGACAGAGAGCCACUCUGUGUCUGACCAAGCUGGACCAUCAUCACAAAGCUCUAGCACCACAGAUAAAGACACGAGGAGAGAUCUUCCCAGCCCUCCAGACUCCAGUCCAAAAGAGGAUCUCUGGAACAUACAUAAUAAAAAGUCAAGAUGGCUGAAGCAUAUAGUAAAAUAA